GACGUCUUCACUCGGGCUGAUAGUCAAAAAGAUAUCUCUGGUAUUGGUCUUCAGAUCACAUUAGAUCGGUGCGUCCUCCAACAUUUCUUUUUGGUCUGGGUAGAAGCUGUCCUGGCCUUAAUAUUCCAUCUGCAUCACUAGCCGCCAGUCUCCACAAAGCAUUUGGCAAAAUGAUGCUUUGGACUAUCACACUCAGUGCUCGUGUCGCGAUCUACCUAUUGGCCUUGGGUCUUGCGUACCUCGUUGGAUCAUCCAUUUACAAUCUUUACUUUCAUCCACUCGCUAGAUUUCCGGGUGAGGCCCAUUUUCUGGCCGCGCCCAGGAUCUCUGGGUGUCCCGUAAAUGUGCGUAUCGGCCCAAACGAGCUAUCUUGCGCUCACCCACAAUCGAUCAAGGACAUUUAUGGGCAGCCGAACAUCAAUCACCCCCAAUUUUUCCGCAAAUUCAUCACUUUCUACAAACAAUCGGAUACCGGUGGGUCGAUAGGCACAGAGGUCGACCCUCAUGUUCAUCAAGGUAUUAGAAAGCGGCUAGCUCCUGGGUUCAGCUCCUCUACCCUUCGCAAACAAGGAGACAUCAUUGUCCGUCACAUUGAUUCCCUCCUAUACCAAAUCUCGAAACAAGGAAACAACCAGCAGGGGAUGAACAUGAGCCAAUGGUUUAUGUGGCUUGCUUUUGACGUGAUUGCGGAUCUCUCUUUCGGCGAGGAGCUUGGUACAAUCGAGAAAGGCGAAGGAAACUACUGGAUGCACAUGCUGGCCAACAGUGGAUUCCAGAUUGCCCUAGGCUAUGUGGUCCGUCGACGAUGGAAGGCUUUUCAGGACCUCGUCAGGUACUGCCUGCUCAAUGAGAAAAGCAAGAAGAUGCGCAACAAGUACCUUGCCAACGCCCGCCAGGCGGCUUCUCAGCGACUUCAGAGGGGUGCAGAUGUCACCCGGUUCGAUUUUUUCAGUCACCUACUGCGCGAGAAAGCCCCAGAAGCCAACAUUGACUUCUUCGCCUCGCAAGGUAGCACAUUAGUCGCCGCUGGAACUGAAACAACGUCUACCUUCAUGUCCGCGCUUACGUAUCAUCUGUUGCAACGACCUGACUGCUUGAAGCACCUUCAGGACGAGUUACGCUGCAUAUUCCGACAGCACAGUGACAUUAACGGUGAAUCUACAAAGCCAUUGAAGUAUCUUAACGCAGUUAUAGAAGAAGGGAUGCGCAUCUUCAACCCCGCGGCUUUCGGUUUGCCCAGGGUCAGUCCGGGAGCCAAUGUCACAGGAGAAUGGAUUCCGAAAGGGACCGUUAUAGCCACGGCAACGCAUGUUACUUCCCGUGACGAGAGAUGGUUCUGUAAAGCGAAGGAGUUCCAUCCAGAGAGAUGGCUUCCCGCGGACCAUCCGUGCCACAAUGCCACAUUUGACCAGGAUCAAAAAGAGGCUUCGAAGCCGUUCUCCAUCGGCCCAAGGUCAUGCAUUGGCAUCCACUUGUCUUACAUGGAGGUGCGGAUAUGCAUCGCCAAGUUGGCCUGGAGCUUUGAUUGGGAACAAGUCAACGAAAGCGAAGAUUUUGUCAGAGAUGCGCGCUUGUUGGGUCUUUGGAAGGCUUCUCCAUUUCACGUCCGUUAUCGCCCGUUCCAUGGGUUCGAAGUUUGA